GACAAUGCUAUGUUUUCCCUCCAAAAAUAUCGGGGCGUGAUUACGCGCCAAUGUGGGUGUGGCUUCAUCAGUGUCCCGGUGAGGUCGCGGUAGUGAUAGCUAUAAAUAGGCUGUUGAGUGAAACAUUUAUACUUCAACUUGAUUGUGUGCAGCGGUCGACGUUCUUCAUUCAUCACCACUUGAGAAAUGUCUGGACGUGGCAAAGGCGGUAAGGGGCUCGGAAAAGGUGGAGCGAAACGACAUCGUAAAGUUUUGCGCGACAAUAUCCAAGGGAUUACGAAACCGGCUAUUCGACGAUUAGCGAGACGUGGCGGUGUGAAACGUAUUUCGGGAUUGAUUUAUGAGGAGACGCGUGGUGUACUAAAAGUAUUUCUGGAAAAUGUUAUACGUGAUGCUGUUACUUAUUGUGAACAUGCGAAACGGAAGACGGUGACAGCAAUGGAUGUUGUCUAUGCUCUGAAGCGUCAAGGACGUACUCUGUAUGGUUUUGGCGGUUAAAAUGGCCAAUCAAAUUCAUCGGCGUACUUUCUCUUUGCGCACAAAACCCAACGGCCCUCUUUAGGGCCACAAAUUUGUGAAUCAUGCUGACUCAAGACUGAUCUCCACGUGCUCAUUGUAUAUUUGGUAUCAUGUAAUUGUCACUACUUUGGCUCACGAGCAGUUGAGUCCAUCACGUAUUGUUUGUGCUGUUAUUGAAACUGUACUCAAUGUCGGUGCUAGAUGAUAAAGAUGGUUUAGUGUGUUA